AUGGACCGUCAAACAAGAAAGUUCCUAUCCCCCAAGUUUCAUCGCACUAUCACUUUACCAGAGGUGGCCGGGUCAGCCGAGCGUGUGGAAACUGUCGCGAGCAGAAAGCCAAAUGUAGCGGACACCAACCAGCUUGCCAUCGAUGCCAAAACGCCGGCAUACAGUGCUCCUACGGCGACCGGAAGCGUGAGAGAGCAAAUAGCCGAUCUGACCAGCAGAGUACAAGUAUAUGAGACUCUGCUGCUCACCCUCUAUCCUCGACUUGACCCUCCAUCUGCUCAGCAUGUCGAUAAAACUUUGCACAUGGUAAGGAUCUCCAAAUCUCUCAUCCUUUCAUACAUUGACAACAUCCAGCUUUCCAGUCAACAGACACCGUGUGGCCCUCAGGCCGCAGACAGGCCGGUCCCUUUGCUCAGGACUUUGGCCUUCGGCGAAGAAGACUUAAGCCACAACAAGAUCGUGCAGUCGAUUGGGAUCAUUGGCCAGCUGUCAGGGAUGGCCUGGCUGUACCGACUCAAACGUCAUCUCCACCAGGACAGUUCAAAGUCUACAAGGGACCAACCGGACUGGCUUUCCAUCUCCUCUGUGAAUUAUUUCCUGGAUGAUACUGAAUUUUCUGUGUCAGAUAAUGUGGAUCUCUCCUGGUGGCCCCCACAGCCCACUGCUGAUCAGCUCGUCCAUCUCUAUUUCCAAACUGUACAUCCUGCCUUCCCUAUUAUUGGGAGGCCAGUUUUCCUGGACCAAUACCAAAGGUUUUAUUCGAGCCCAAAGGCGCGACCUGGAAACCGAUGGCUGAGUUUGCUGAACCUCAUUUUUGCAAUCGCUGCAAGGCACUCAACAAUGGUGAACUGUCAGAUUCCUUGCGGCAACAAUGACGAGUCGGUGUAUUUUUCAAGGGCAUGGCUACUUAGUACAGGUAGUGCUGCGCCGAUGGACCAUCCGGACUUGCAGCAGGUACAAAUUGAAGGUCUAACCGCCAUGUACCUUCUCUCUGUGGGGCAUGUGAGCCGAUCAUGGCGAGCUAUUGGUAAUGCGAUCCGAUCGGCUAUCACGAUGGGUCUUAAUUUCCCAAUUAGCACCUCCCGUAUUAGUCAACAAUCAAAGGAGACCAGGUACCGACUAUGGUGGGCUCUCUUCGUGUUAGAGACAGAUCUAUGCGUGAUGACUGGACGUCCGCCUAGCACGAAUAUGAUCGACUGUGCAACACCACUUCCAGCCCCCUUUCAAGAAGAUAACUUGGAUAAUGAUAGUGUUGCAAAACUUUUGGUGAACCCAGAAGCUCGGAAUACUAUUAUAAAUUCUAUUCUAUCAAAUGGUUGGAGGGUUCCCUUGGGGGCGGACAUUGCGAUCUCUAUGCAUUUGAAACAGCCGAAACUAAGCGAAAAAAAGCAAGUCGAAGCGAUUGAGCAGGAGCUAGCUGAAACUCCUCCACCUAACACUUCCCUCUACUUCUUAUUCUUGGUGGAUUUGACGUUCAUUAUGCGAGAAGCAAUUGCUACCUUGUAUGCCCCAGCCGCAGCUCAACGAUCAUGGCACAAUAUGGAAACAGCCGCCACUGCCCUCUCUGAGAAGGCCGACCGUUUCCUUUCCCGUCUACCAUCGGAGUUACAAUUCACGAAUAUUUGUCUAAGCCAACCUUUCAUACGUCAACGUUUCAGCCUGGCUUUCUACUUCUACUCUACUAAACUCAUCAUUUCUCAUCCUUGCUUCUGCCGCAUGGCCUACUCGCCACCAAACACGGGACCUCUCAGUCCCAUAUGCAGUAACCUAGCCACCCAAUGUGUUGAUGUGGCGGGCCAAAUGCUCAACGUUCUCCCUGACUCGCUGGACAUAAUUCAUCUAUAUGGCUUUCCCCCGUGGUGGGAUGUUUUCCAUCGUGUGAUGCAGUCCAAGGUCGUUCUUCUGGUUCACUUGUGUACCCAUAACCAGUUAGACAGUGAUGAGAUCAAGAAAAUUUCGGAGACUGUCAAUAAGGCUGCGCGGUGGCUGAAGAAAAUGUCUUCACAUGAUCCAUCAUCGAGUCGAUCUUUACAUGCCUGUAAAGACCUGGUGUCCCGGCACGAUCCGAAACUCGGGCUGGGACUUGAUCUUGAUGACUGA